CAUCAUGCAAAGUAAUCUUGUGCUUCCUGAGGCAUAAAUUCCGUUCGUUCAACAACGCCCCGACAGCCUGAUGCCUUGCUCAUCAUGCAGCUGCCUACGUGCUUCCAAUGGAGAUGGCCGAAUCACAAAGCGAAGAGUGAGCCUACAUAAUGCCCCCUCUUUCCAGCUUCCAUCUCCAGUUGGGACUCUCCAUCCCAAUUUUCAUCGGCCAUGGACCCAAUGCCGCCGUUCACCAUCAUUCCAGUGCUCAGAGAAGCGGCAGAGUUGAAGAUCGAGGAGCUCAACCGAACGAAGGAGUCGUUCAAGCGUCGAUACCAUCUAAAUGCUAACCGCUCUACGGAGGGCGACUCGUUGAAGAGGAUCUCGGGGCUUCUGGAAGAUAUCAGGAAGCUGGACCCGUACUUGCAAAAAGACGAUGACCUUCCGAUCAUGGCCCGAUACAUCGAGCAAGCUCAGGACGACAAAUCGGUAUCGUCCUCAAAACUCCUGAAAUUCGAAGAACAACUAUGGGACAAGUUGAACAAGCACCUAAAUCGUAUGGAAAUAUCGUCUUUACACGUCGAUCUCAUGAAGGAAGUGAUGGAGACACAGCCGUCUGCCGAUUCGAUAGCCGACAAGCUAGAGAAAGCUUCUCUCGAUGACGACUUUGAGAUGGUAGAGAAUGAGCUCGAAGAAGUGCUCGAAGAGUUCGAGCAGGACACCUUCACAGCAAAAGAUGUCGACGUCGAGGCGAUCGAGACUUACCUUUCGAGCCUGUUCGUAGAUGACAGGGACAAGCGAGAUCUCGACGACCUCCGGGGCGACAUGCGACUAUAUGGUGAUGAGCUUAUGGAUAACAACGGGGAAUUGGAUCAAGACAUUUUGAUGUGGAACAUCAUGGAGUUGCUUAAGAAUGACCUAAUCAGCCCGGAAAAGAAGAAAGCCCUUGAGGGCUACCUACAAUCGCCAAUUGCAUUACGAGAGCUGGUUGCUACCAUGAAGAUGAAGUCCUUCCAAAAUUGGGACUACAACAAUAGUCAUGACGGGUUACCGGUCACUGCUCGUCAAAACGCUGAAGGACAAUAUUGCAUCACAGUCGAAGAGGACAUCAUCGACAUGCUAUUCCUACAAUGCUCUGCUAUCGGUUGGGCCUCGAAACUCAAGGAGUGUCUAAAAGACUUCACCCGCACCUCAGUCUCAUUUUCCACCAAGGACCUGACAGUUGAUGAACUGAAUCAACGCGAGUACUACCUCUUGGCACCUCGCAGAGCAAACCAGACCAAGCCUAGUGCGUGCAGUGUAUGCCACCCCUACUAUCCUUCCGCACCUAUGCCACCACCUCCAGGAAUUCAGCUCUUUCCUCCUCCUCCUCCCGAUGUAACCUACCCUGUUGGAAAGAAGGCCAAGAAGAGACGUCCCUUUAACAUGCCCCCUCCUCCGCCACCGCCACCGGACUUCAAUUGCCUCAAAUAUGAGCGGAACACGGCUUACACCAAAACCUUCUUCAUGUCCCGACUUCCUGCACAAGAAGGCUGUACGCCGAAGGUCACGCGUCCAGAGGAUGUUCAAGCCAACCUGAUCGAGACUCUAGCUGUCGAGACUAAGUUGCGCAAAGCCUUUGACGGCAAAGCACAUGCCCUCGCUGUUGAAUUCGAUUCGUUGGCAUCAUCACUCCCGCACAAGACCAUUCUCACCGUCUUGAAGUUCCUCGGAGUCCCCGAGACUUUCCUGGAAUAUUUCACAUGCUUCCUGGAGGCUAGACUGAACAUCGGCCCCGCUGUACGGGGAACACCUGACCGAAUCCUGCAACGGACUUGCGGCGUACCUAUUGGCCACGGGAUGGAAAUGCUGUUUAGUGAAGCAGUGCUCUUCUUCCUUGAGCUAAGUGUCCAUCAGAAAACAGGUUCAUACCUGUACCGUCUCAAUGACAGGUGCUAUUUUGUUGGGACAUAUGAACAGCGUACCAAGGCUGCGGAAGAGACUGAAUCAUUUGCUGGUCUAAUGGGUCUUAAGCUGAAGGGCCUGUAUCCUGGUGGGGGCAAACUGGUCAUCGGUUGCCUGGCUAUGGAUACGAUGUCGACAUCGCCCGCUGAAACUGCGUCAUUCGCGAUCGACAACUCUAUGGUUAUCGCGUAUGCCCACCGCGUAAAGAAGGAGCUUGACGCCUGCCUGGCUGUGCUCGAUUGGGUUCGUGUCUGGAACAGUACGGCCGGUACAUACGCAUCCCACCUUUUCGGUCCACUUGCCGCUGUUUUCGGCAAGGCACAUCUCGAAGACGUGAAGUCAGCCUACAACCGCAUCUUUUCAAUCAUCUUCAAUGGCGGCGAUCUCACCACUCACGUCAAGAAUCUUCUCAAUACCCACAUCAAGCGCGGCCUCAGUGACCCAACCUUCGCUCUCGAAGCACUGAUCUACCUCCCACAGGCUUAUGGCGGUCUAGGCGUCAAAAACCCUUUCAUCACACUCAAUCUUGCUCACAAUAUGAGUGAAGACCCCAAUGCGGAAGUUGAUAAAUACUUGAAGGACGAGGAGACCUACUACGACCGCGCAGCCGAGAUUCACGCCCUCCUCACGGCUGAGCAACGUCAAGAGAAGCUUGAAGCUAUUUUCGGCGACAACAAAGACAAGCUCCAAGCUUCACUAGGCCCUGAUUGGAAUCUUGCUACCUUCAUGACACGCGAAGAACUGGUAACCCACCGCGAACUUAGACAGUACCCAAACCUUCAGACUCAACACUUUCCACCCCCGUUCACGACAUCCUUCCCUCCCUCCUUAGUAGACCUCUACCAAGACCUCCUCCACCAGCCCCACGACAACAUCGACGUUAGCGAGAAGGUCUGCGAUGAGAUCCGCCGCCUAUCUGGCACUGGUGAUAUGAAGCCCUGGCGUAAGUUGAGUGGAGAGGAGAGAUGGGUACUAGAGAUGUACGGCGAUGAGUGUUUUGAAAAGUAUGGUACUUUGGAAAUAUGGUGGGGAGAUGGGGUACCGAACGAAGUCUACAAGGCGGUCAGAGGCCAUGUAUGGAGUGAUGGUGAUGACGAUGGUAGUAGUUAUGAGACUUUGAGUGAAUGCUGAGUGGACUCAUGGUGCGGAGUGGGGAUAAUAUUAGGACGGAAUUUUUCGAUGGGAGAACAAGGAGGCUUGCAUGUAGUUUUAUUAGCACUGUCUUUCUCGGAGCUUUCUUACUUGUCGUAGCUUAAUUUUUAUGGGGCAUUAUAAGGAUAAUCUCACAGCUCUCUCGGAUCCCCUUCCAUUCGUGAUAAUCUUCAUACAGCUCUGUAUAGAUUUGAACUAGCCUUCAGGUCUAGCAAGGUAACCUCCAACAAUGCUUUUGGGGGACUUCUCCAAAGCAUCUAUUGUCGUUCAAAUACAGC